AGUGGAGGGGUUAGGAAACCUCGCGCGAAGAAUGGAAAGAUAUUCGUGCAGCAAGGUAACUGACACCAGCGCAGCGAAUCGAGAGACUCAUUCGCUGCUGAAGCAAUUGAACUGAUGAGCUCAGCUCAGCUAAGAUUUACCUCCCGAAACUGAAUGUGAUUGAGCAUGGCGUUGCAAGGCAGCUUAGCGGCAGUUGUCUUAUCUCCCAUGGUCCGGUUGUCGUCCAUUCAUGACACUUCUAGACCAUCUCACCUUUUGAAGAGAUCUGCAAGGCGGUCAUUUACGACAGCUCCUUGCGCACUACAGGUUCCCAUUUCAGAGAGAAGUUUAGCCUCGUUGUGCUCUGGCAAUGAGUUAGUAGAGCGCAGUGCAGUUGGCGGCCAUAAUGUCGCACCUCGCUUCUCAAAACUUUUCUCAUUCAACACAAAGAAAGUGGUGCGCAGGUUUGCCUCAGCUUCAUUUGAUAGCAAUGGUUCGCGCCUAGCGGGAUUGGGAGAAUAUGCCAAAUCAACUCAAAGAAAGAUCGACCUUCAGGUUGUCCUGGUAUCACCACAGAUUCCUGGAAAUACGGGAUGCAUCGCCAGGACUUGCGCCGCAGCUGCUGUUGGUUUACAUCUUGUUGAGCCCCUUGGUUUUGAAAUAAACAGCGCGAAGUUGAAACGUGCGGGAUUGGAUUACUGGCCAUAUGUUGUUGUCAAAGUGCAUAGUAACUGGACCGAAUUUUUGGCGUAUUUUCAAGAGCAGAAAGGUGAAAAACGACUACUCGGAUUCACCAAGAAAGGAACUAUGGCGCACACGGACGUGAAGUAUCGACCUGGUGAUUGGCUUAUGUUCGGGUCAGAAACUGAAGGUAUCCCAGACGGCGCUCUAGAUGAGUGCCUAAAUAGUGAAUAUGGUGGUGGGACUGUGCGUAUUCCAAUAGACGAGACAUACGUACGUUGUCUUAACCUUUCGGUUGCAGCGGGAAUCGGUGUUUAUGAAGCUCUGAGACAGGUUGGAUUUUCGGAGGACAUGUUAGACACAUCAAGUAGGCAAGCAGAUAGUAAAGGAGCCGAAUUUUUGAAACAGGACAUUUUUUGUUAGACGCAAUGAAGCCAGUUCCAGCUAUUUACGUGUAAAUCAGUCAAGCUGUACUCCAACAUGGUGUUUUAUUAAUGAGCAUCGUUUUGAGUACUUUGAUUUGUAUCUACUCUUGACGGAAUGCCAAGUCGCAAAUAUGUUGGCCAG